AUGGCUAUUCUACUUAAAGAGUUCACAUCCCUCUUCCUUAAGCACACAAAACCUACUCGAAGUCAUCUUACACCAGAGCUUGUGCUACGGUUGGUUACUGCAGAUUGUUCUCUUUGGUCAGCACCAGCUGAUCAAUCACCAUUUAAAGAUCCCUUCUGGGGCUUUUACUGGCCUGGAGGGCAGGCGAUUGCAAGAUAUAUCUUAGAUAACGCAGAUUCAGUAAAUAACUGCAAAAUAUUAGAUGUUGGUUGUGGUUGCGGUGCUGGCGCAUUGGCAGCGGCAAAAGUCAAUGCAAAACUUGUCGUAGCAAAUGACAUAGAUUUUUGUGCCUUAUAUGCUACUAAAUUAAAUGCGGAUUUAAACGACCUUCAAGUAGAAACAAGCUGUGUCAACCUUAUUGGGGAUGAUUGUAAUGAAUUUGACGCGAUUUUCAUUGGAGAUAUGUUUUAUGAUGAGGACUUUGCAAAUCUCUUAUUUGAUUGGUUAAUCAAAUUGUCGAAGAAAAAAAUGGUACUUAUCGGAGACCCUGGGCGACAUGGAUUGACAGAUCGGAGGAGAAAGCAAAUGCAUUUACUAGCUCAAUACGAAAUGCCCAAAAUUUCAUGUAAAGAAAACAACGGGUUUACACACACAACAGUAUGGACAUUAAAUACAUAGAAUCAUACUUAGCAUUAACAAUUUGCGAUAAAAGGAAAAAAAAUAUUUUAAGUGCUUUCAAGGCCAGAGGGUCACCGUAAAUGAAUUUAAUAAAACAAUAUAUUUGUACAGAAAACUAUAUUUACUUAAGGCGUUUUAACUAUAUUUACGAUCGUUUUUAAACU